CCCACGGGCUCCGACGCUUCCUCCGCCGCCGUUGCGCCGGGAACGCGGGAGGCCGGAGGGGAGGAGCCCGCCCGAGACGUAGGUCUCCCGACACGCAGGGCCGGCCCGGAAGGGGGCGCUCUAGGCCGCGGCGGGCGGCACGGGGCGCUCUAGGCCCGCCCGCCCGCGUCUCUAUGGUGCCGGGGACGUUGUCGCCCCUUUAAGCGGCGGCCGAGGGCGGCGCCGAGCCCGGGCGCCCGUGGCCGAUGGAGCCCGCCAUGGAGCCGGAGACCCUGGAGGCGCGGAUCAACAAAGCCACCAAUCCCCUGAACAAGGAGUUCAACUGGGCCAGCAUCAACGGCUUCUGUGAGCAGCUCAACGAGGACUUUGAGGGGCCUCCUCUCGCCACCCGGCUGUUGGCGCACAAGAUCCAGUCUCCGCAGGAGUGGGAGGCUGUCCAGGCCCUGACGGUCCUGGAGACGUGCAUGAAGAGCUGUGGGAAGAGGUUUCACGACGAGGUGGGCAAGUUCCGAUUCCUCAAUGAGCUCAUCAAAGUGGUAUCGCCCAAGUACCUGGGUUUGCGCACGUCCGAGAAUGUGAAGAACAAAAUCCUGGAGCUGCUAUACAGCUGGACGGUGGGCCUGCCCGAGGAGGUGAAGAUCGCCGAGGCCUACCAGAUGCUGAAGAAGCAGGGGAUCGUGAAGGUCGACCCCAAGCUUCCCGAGGACGCCACCACAGCCUUCUCCCAGCCUCCUCCCCGGCCCAAAAAUGUCAUCUUCGAGGAUGAGGAGAAAUCCAAGAUGCUGGCACGCCUGCUCAAGAGCUCACACCCUGAGGAUCUACGAGCCGCCAACAAGCUCAUCAAGGACAUGGUGCAAGAGGACCAGAAACGGAUGGAAAAGAUCUCCAAGCGGGUGAGCGCCAUCGAGGAAGUGAACAACAACGUGAAGCUGCUCACGGAGAUGGUGAUGAACCACAGCCAGGGUGGCAGCGCAGGGCAGAGCAGCGAGGAGCUCAUGAAGGAACUGUACCAGCGCUGUGAACGGAUGCGGCCCACUCUCUUCCGGCUGGCCAGCGACACGGAAGACAAUGAUGAGGCUUUAGCGGAGAUCCUGCAGGCCAACGACAGCCUCACGCAGGCCAUCAACCUGUACAAGCAGCUGGUGCGGGGCGAGGAGGUGAACGGCGAAGCAGCGGCGGCCAUCCCCGGCAGCUCCUCUGCCUUGUUGGACUUGUCGGGCCUGGACCUGCCUCCCGCAGGCACCUCCUACCCAGCUGUGCCCCCCCGACUCUCAGACCCCUCCAGCCCUGACCAGCCCAGCACCUCUGUCUCCCUGCUGGACGACGAGCUCAUGUCACUGGGCCUGAGCGACCCCACGCCCCCCUCAGGGCCCAGUCUGGACGGUGCGGGCUGGCAUAGUUUCCAGUCCUCCGAAGGCCCCGAGGCCCCUGCCCACGAAGGCGCCGGCAGAGCCCCUGCACCAACACCCCCGCCGGCCAGCAGCGCCUUGGACGACCUGGACCUCCUUGGAAAGACCCUCCUACAGCAGUCCUUGCCUCCUGAGUCCCAGCAAGUUCGGUGGGAGAAGCAGCAGCCUGCACCCCGCCUCACGCUCCGGGACCUGCAGAACAAGAGCAGCUGUGGUGUUGCCCCUGGCCAACUUCUCUCGGGAUCCCCAGAGCCUGUGUGUCCCCCACAGCCAGCCGAGCUCUCGUUGGCCCACAUCACUGUGCCCCUGGAAUCCAUCAAGCCCAGCAGCAUCCUGCCCGUGACCGUGUACGACCAGCAUGGCUUUCGUGUCCUCUUCCACUUCGCUCGGGACCCACUGCCCGGCCGCGCGGACCUGCUGGUGGUAGUGGUCUCCAUGCUGAGCACCGCCCCACAGCCCAUCCGCAACAUCGUGUUCCAGUCUGCCGUCCCCAAGACCAUGAAGGUAAAGUUGCAGCCACCCUCAGGCACCGAGCUGCCUGCCUUCAACCCCAUCGUCCACCCGUCGGCCAUCACCCAGGUCCUGCUCCUCUCCAACCCCCAGAAGGAGAAGGUUCGACUGCGCUACAAGCUGCUUUUCACCAUGGGCGAUCAGACCUUCUCGGAGAUGGGCGAUGUGGACCAGUUCCCCCCGCCGGACACCUGGGGGCGGCUCUAGAGGGGCCAAGGAGGGGGGUUGAGGGGGGGGGGGUCCCUGUCCAGCCUCGCUGGGGCCGAGGUGGCCCAGGGGGACUCUGUUCCCAUGGUCCCAUCCUGUCCCUCCCCUCCAUCCUGGUGCUUCUCCCUCCGGUGGCCCCCAAGUGACUUGACCACCCCCCAGGUCCCCAACUGAGCCAACCCCAGGGAGAGGUCACAGGGAGGAGCCUGGAGC